AUGGCAGAAGCAAACCCAAACAACCGGACAUGUGAAGGUGCUUCCAAGAUAUUGAAAGACCUGGACAAGGAUAUGGAAAGAAUGCUGGAACAAAUGGAAAAGAUAUCAGUUAAAACUACAUGGAUGGUGUAUGAAAUGGUAGCGACACAGAGGGAUCCUGCCCUGGUUGACCAAGUAAGAAGACUGGAGGAAAGUUUCUUGCAGUGCAGAGAAGAAAUAGAGAAGAAGUGGAAAGAGAUGUUAGAUGAAACCAAGAAGACAUCAUAG